UUUGCAUUUUUAGCUCGAAGCUCUGCUCGAAGUUACAGCGAUGUAUCCGUACCAUAGAAAUAUAGAGAGACACAUAUAGUCUACCUAUGUUAUUUCUAUGAUCCGUACCCACUUCGAAUAAUAAACCGGUCCUGUGAAGCAUGGAAUGUGACAUUCUUGAUAACCUGGAUCACCUUGGGUACCAUGAAGAAAUUACAGACGAUGUGUUGGUCAAGUGGUUGAACGCCAGCCCUGCAUCACCAGAAUUUUCACGGCUCGUUUCCUGGCUCAGCUUAGAAUUAAAAGCUCUCUGCAAAUUGGAGGAGCAUGUCAACCCUGUCACAGAAGACCUCCUGGAAACCCACUGGAACCUACUAUAUACACACCUAUGUGCACAUAAGGAAUGCUUUGGCGAAAACACCUUAAAUGCUGCUUGAUGAUUGGCAGCCCGGAUCCGCGCGAAGCGCGAACAACGCCUCGCGGCGACCCUAAAUCUUAUUCGCUGCAUUAUUUCGAACACUGUUUGGACAGUGCUCUUUGAGUAAGCAUAAAAGCCCCAUAAUCGCUCAAUUGAGGAGUUGUGGCGAUUGCAGAACCCUUUCGACUACGCACGUAGGUCGAGUGUUUAUACAAAUGCUCGUUAUUGUUGCUUUGCUGCUCGGCGCGCGUCUUUUUCCUGUAGAAAACGAAUUUAGCGUUUUGUCUGUUUUAUGCCCUGAGAUUAUUUUCGAAGUUAUCCAUAGAUGGCGCAACGAGUCCAUCUAUGUACCAUUUUCAAGUAUUUAAAAAAAAACGCUCG